AUGGCCGAACAAACUUUUGAAAAUGAAGAAAAUGACAACCCCUCAUGGAUCGAUGUUUUUAACGGAGUUGAUCAGUUACUGCAGAUGAUUAACGAAAAAGUCGACGAUGGAAGGAUAUCCUUUCAUGAGGCUUCUUUAAUUUUCAACAAGCUUGAGACAGCUUUAUCAAUGGUUGUAAAUCUUACCACAUUGGAUAUCGAUUUAACAGAGAACACUAGACUUGUACUACUGCAGCUUUCCCAGUGUUUGACAGAACUACACAACUACUGGGCAACUAGAAUAGCUAAUAUAAGACGAGCGACAGUCACUCUGCCCAAUUUAAGAAUUGAAAAUGUCAGCAUGUCAAGUGAUCCAGGUAGACCAUCUCUAUCUAUACCAAAGGAAAUUCUUGAAGACCUAAGGAAUUCUGGGUACUCAUGGACUGAAAUUUCGAAAAUUUUACAAGUAUCGAGAUGGACUGUACACCGUAGGGUACGGGAAUAUAAUUUGCAACACCUUGACAGAUUUUCUGACAUAUCUGAUGAUGAACUAGACCAGCUAAUCAUGGGCUAUAUAUCGAGACAUGGCAAUACCACAGGUGAAUCCUACCUUAUUGGCUACAUUAGAUCUCAAGGUAUUCGUGUUCAGAGAGACAGGGUACGUUCUUCCCUAACGCGUGUUGAUCCUGAAAAUACUGCCCUUCGUUGGGCAUGCGUAAUUACUAGGAGAGUUUAUACAGUUCCAGGACCAAAUGCUCUCUGGCAUAUAGACGGUAAUCAUGCUUUGAUUCGAUGGAAGUUUGUGGUGCAUGGGUGCAUAGAUGGUUUUUCCAGGCGGAUAAUUUACCUUCUAUGUGCAGACAACAACCGGUCCGACACUGUUGUGAAUGUUUUUGCCGCAGCAACUGACGAAUUUGGUUAUCCAUCCCGAGUUAGAGGGGAUCACGGAGGGGAAAAUGUUCAAGUAGCAAGGUUAAUGGAAAGAGAGAGAGGUGAAGGGAGAGGAAGUUUUAUUGCUGGGCCAUCGACAAGAAAUCAAAGAAUAGAAAGAUUAUGGAGGGAGGUAUUCCGUUGCUGUCUAUAUUUAUUUUAUUGCAUAUUCUAUGCCAUGGAGGAAACUGGUGUCCUUGAUUUGGACAAUAAUGUCGAUCUAUUUCUACUGCAUUAUGUAUACUUACCGCGAAUUAAUCAUUCUCUUCAAGAGUUCGCAGCAGCCUUUAACAAUCGCCCCAUGAGAACUGAGAACAAUUGGAGUCCAGAAAAAAUUUGGACAAAUGGAAUGAUAAAUCACGCCGUUAGACAGCUUUUAGAAAGGCAUGAAAUUGAAAACAUUGAACUAUAUGGCGUUGACUGGAAUGGUCCUAUUCCUGCCGAAAAUCAAAACAUUGUGGAGGUGGAACCACCGAACUGCCCAUUUCCAAUUGAGUACCUUCAUCAACUUCAAGAUCAUGUUAAUCCGCAACAAGAAUCAAAUAACUAUGGUAUAGAACUGUUUACACAAGCGAAAGACUUUCUGAAUGAACUGUUCGAAUAG